CUUUUUUCCAGCUUUGAUUUGCAUUCACUUGUUCUAUAUGUCCUUGUACUAGAACCACAACUCUCUCACUACUAUAUAUACAUUUUAGCUAUAAUUCUACAAACCCUUCUCUUUUUUUCUCCUUUCUCUUCAUUUAUGGCAACUUAUAACCACUAUUGUUCUCUCAUAGGGGCCAUGGAUCGUCUAUGGUUUCAUCAAAUCAUUCUUCUUUCACAACCAGUUUCAACACCUCAAUCCACCUCUAAAUCCUCCUCUGUUGAAGAUGAAAAAGUUGAAGACAUAUCAUCUGAUUUUUUGCAUAAUUCGAAUUCAUCAAAUUCAUCUGACUCGUCAAACUCACUGCUACCUCCAAAGGAUGAUGAUGAAGGUGACAAAGAGAAGAUCAUUAGCAAGAAGAAGAGGCCAAAAAGAUCAAGAUUUGUAGCAGGGUCUAGAAUCAUGAUGAUCAGAUCUCAUUCAUCAUCACCAUCAUCAACUAAAAAUAGACAAUCAUGCCCUAGUCCAACAAGUACAAUAACAAGGGUACUUGAGAAAUCUAUGAGUUGCAAGAGCUUGGGGGAGCUAGAGCUUGAAGAGCUUAAAGGGUUCAUGGAUCUUGGUUUCAUAUUCAAGAAAGAGCAUGUAAGUCCAAGAAUGGUGAAUCUAUUACCUGGUUUACAAAGGCUUGAACAAGUGUACAAAAACAAGUAUAGCUCUUCUCAUAAAGUAGAACAAGUUCAAGCCAAAGAAAUUGAUGAAGAACAAGAACGAGAACAGGAAGAAGAAGAAGAUCAAGAGAGAGGUGUGAUUAGGCCAUAUUUAUCUGAAGCUUGGCUCAUAAAGAGACCAAGUUCACCUCUACUAAGUCUAAGGGUGCCAAGAGCAACUGCAGCUGCUGACAUGAAGAAACAUCUCAAGUUUUGGGCUAGAACUGUUGCAUCUGAAAUCCAUCAAGAAUCUUAAUUAUCAUGAUUAAUUAAGAUUUGGGUUAGUACCCAAUUGAUGAGAUUUAGGAAAGAUGUGACAGAGACAAGAGAUAUUUAGUAGUAAAGGGUGUGAAAAAUGCAACUGUAAAAAAGAGUUUUUUCUAUGUAUGUUGUUGUGAUUCAAGAAGAGUAGUCAAGACUAUGUAUAAAAUUAUUAAUUAAUAGAAAAAGUGAUAAUUUUGAUUUGUUC